CAGAACUCGCACGCCGCUUUUUGCAAGAGGGUCUGUAUAUGUUUGGCUCAAGCGGUUGCAGAUCAGCUCUGGCCGUGCAGGUCAUAUUUAUUGGUCUGCUCUUUGGUUUGAUUUGCCCACGGCGGUCAACAAUGCAACCGAAGAUUGGCGUCCGCUACAGAAUUCGCGCGGUCACGGCCAACGGUUGGUACCUCUCGGCGUUCCACAAUGAGGAAGGGGACACGCGCAACGAAUGUUCCACCUGGGCUUACGUUCACAGUGAUGCACCAGAGUACACAGACUGGCACGGGGAGUGGGUUCUCGAGCCCGGGACGGGCAAUGCCGUCAAAAUCCGCGCGGUCACGGUCAACGUGAACCCGGGAUGUCCCAAGACGGAGGGUUGGUACCUUUCGGCGUUCCACAAUGAGGAGGUGGACGAGCGCAACGAUGUUUCCACCUGGGCUUACGUUCACAGUGAUGCACCAGUGUACAACAAGUGGCAAGGGGAGUGGAUUUUCGAGCCCGUUUCGGGCGCGCAGCCCUGGACAACAAGGACAAGACAAGCGACAACGGACCAGGAGAUUUUGGAAGAACUGCUAGAAGCGCAACAGCAAAAAAGCUUCAGACAGUUGACAGACGCGAUCGAACGUGCUAAGUCUGCUGGAGUGGCAGAGAAGCAUUUGCGACCGGCGAGCAGAGCAUUGCGGGACAUUUCGCCCAAGUGGACCAACCUCAAAACCGACACCCUGUUCUUCUCCAAGACCAGUCACAGCGCCGAAAUUGCUCUCGAUCAGCUCGCCAAAGCGGCAUCGACGGCUGUGAAGAACUUUCUAACAAAUGGGUUUGAAGAGUUGUUGGGGGUUGCCAAAGAUCUGGAAGGUUCUGUAGCAACCUUUGGGUACGGAUCCGAAUGCACCAAUGACAAGAAGGCGAAUGUGCAGUUCCAUGAUGACACGGGGAAGUACCUUGUGUACUCAAUGCGCAAGCAGGAACGCACCACCUCGUCAAGAUUAUGGUUCUGUUCGACUCAAUCCGUGACAAUUUCUUUGACGGUGCAACUCCGCGCCGCCCAAGCCAAGAAUAAGGCCGCGCAUGAUGAUUGCGAGCGCCUAAUGAGCAUGGAGGCCGGCGAGCUCGUCAAUAUGUUAGAACGCGAGAGUGUCAUAGGCAAGAGCGCAAGAGCGACUAGAGCUUUCUGAGACAGGAAUGUGAACGCGGGCGCGUGGUUGCCGCCCUUGGAUGGCGGCUUUUACAAAGUAGCCAAGUGAUUGAAGGCCUUUCGGACGGCAUGCGAUGUAACCACCGCCGCCAUCCAUCCAGUUUAUAGCGUUCAACUUAGAUCCAUGCCGCCCCUUCGCGCGGCGGGUUUACUGCCUCUUUUCCAUUUCGAUUCAAGCCAGGCUACUGCCAUUGAAUUAGUGCACGUCCGUCAUGCGCGACCCUCUUGGUAGGCUACCCAAAUCAGUGUUACACCACGGACAAAGAUGCUAGGUGCUUCGGGUGGCCCCACAAGCCCGUGCGGCAACGACGCCCAGAGGAUCGGAGAGGCCUCAGGGCCGGUGCCGCCGGCCCUGAACGACGACGGCGACCACGUCCACGUCGACGACGACGACGUCGACAACGA